UUCUGUUUUUUGCAGAAGCGAUGCACCCAUGGUUGCGCAUGGCGAGACAUGGGUGGCUGGCCGGCGUGAUCCUCGUCCAGUGCCGGUGCACGGUUCGCCUCCCCGGGAAUAUAUGGGUCCAAGUCUCUCGACCCGGCUCACGACUGGGCAUCGUGGCGGCUUUGGCCCAGACACACCUGCCACAAAGUAGAGCUGGCCGGGAUGCAUUCGUGAGGUCGGAAUCCAAAGUCCCUAAGGGUCGCACUGGGCCGAGUGAAAUCUCCGGGUCGUAGCCGUGGGCCUUGGCAGAAGAUUGUGGCAGCAAUGCGAUGAACCAAUUUUCGGAGUGGGAGCGGUACAGCACAUGCGAGCACUUCAAGACUGCUCGCAUACGUGGGUUUUUGCGACAGGUUUCCUCGUAAUGUGUGCCUCUGCCGUGCGCCUGAACGUGGGAGAGGCUUGUGCGGGCCAGAAAAAGCAGGGCUCUGAAAAAGCAAGCGCCGCCGACAACCUGAUACGGUCACGGAGGAUGCCCAGGCGAAGCGAACUUGUG